CUUGGAUUAAAUUCUGCCAGUGCUGUGAGGAGUUUGAACAGAAAGCAGUGCUAGAACUUGGUGGAUCAUUUGACCAAAUUUAUUGUUUCUUAUAGAUGUGCUUUCCUGCUCAGUUUCAGGCCUCUUUCCAACUCCAUGUCCCACCUGUCCUACCCAACACUGGCACAGCAGCAGUAAAGUGAUGGCAGGAGGCAGGAUUCUCCUAUACUCCCUCCUUCUUGCUAUUCCUAAACUGCAUAGCAGAAAAGUGAGGUUGUACAGAUGGUUAGAAAUUCAAUUGCAGAAUCACAAAUUGUUAAAUCGGUGCAUUUGCCCAACAGAAGAGAGGUGCAAUGUUGAUGGUGCUCAACCUGCUGUCAAUGGUAGCAGAAUGCUAGUGGAAUAGAGAGUUUGUGCAAUAAAGUCCUAAAAAUGUUUAUGACCAGGCCAAAUACAUUUGCUGCGUCAGCCCAGUUCAUGAAAUGGUUGUAUGAUAAGAGAGCAGCAUCUCUUGUUAGUAAUGGUAUACAUUUAGCUAGGAGUGUUUUUGCAGUUCUUUUAUGACAGAACUGCUUAUAGACUCCCUGACUGAAAUUACGUUUUAACUAUGUGGGUGGAAACUUUUCCUUCUCUAAAGAGGAAAUUUUACAACUGUUUUCUUCUUAUCAUUUUGCCUCAACCAUUUGAAUAUACCUCAGGCCUAAUAACCCUCUGUUAGCUCUAACACAGUGCUUACAGCUUUUAUUAAUGUUAGAUUUAAUUUGUUGAUCUUAGCUUUAAUUUGAGGUUAGGUUUAAAAUGCUGUUGUCAUAUGCAGGGUUUUCCUGGGAUUUUAUGUCAGUAUUUGUUUGUUUUGUGGAGGCAUCAGAGCCGGCCCUAGGUAUUUUUCAAGUGUAGGCGAACAGAAUUUUGGUGCCCUCCUCCCAAACCAAUCACUGAAAAAUAAAAGCGUUGGAUAAGCGAAAAUGUUGGAUAAUAAGCAGGGAUAAUAAGGAGCACCAAAACAUCAUGUUUUACAAGAAAUCAACAGAAAAAGCAGCCUCAACUGCAUCCCCAUAUGUUUUGCACCCCAAGCAACCGCUUAAUUCGCUGCAUUGUUGGACUGGCUCUGGGAGGCAUUGAAUGUUUGCCAUUGUAUGUUGGAAUCCACCUUGAGUCCCCUUGGGGAGAUGGGGCGGAAUACAAAUAAAGAUGAUGAUGAUGAUGAUGAUGAUGAUGAUGAUACCGUGGGGUUUUGCCAAAGGAGGAAAAAAUAGGAGAAAUGAGAGGCCAUGUAUAGGCGAGAAAACAAAGGUAGGGAAGUUGGGAAAGGCAUGAUUCUAACUUUUUCCCCAUCAGGUGGAAUUAUGUCCUUGCUUUUUCCUUCCCAGAAAGCCCCAAAUUUUGGCAAUCUGAAGCCAUGGAAGUGUUGAAAAAAUGGCUGGGUCACCCCAAGGAACUCUAUAAUUUGGCGUGGUUCAAGAUGGGAGGUUACACGACUGUGAUGCCCAAGAUGGACGAGGACCCGCUGAGCGAAAGCCUCUCCCUCUGCUAUAAGUACCUGCACCAGACUGGACGGAGCUUUGCGCCAGUAAUCCAGAUACUCGACAAGGAUGUGUGUCAUGUAGUUUGCAUCUUCUACUUGGUUCUCCGAGCUCUGGAUACAGUGGAGGAUAACAUGACAAUUAGCUUGGAAACCAAGAUUCCCAUUUUACAGAAGUUCCACUCUUACCUGUAUCAGCCAGAGUGGCGAUUCAUGGGCAGCAAUGACAAGGACAAGCAAGUGCUGGAGGAUUUCCCAACUAUCUCCUUAGAGUUCUGGAAGCUGAAGAAGGUCUAUCAGGAUGUAUUUGCUGACAUUUGCUCCAAAGUGGGCUUUGGAUUGGCCGAGUUCUUGGAGAAGAAGGUGGAAUCUGUGAAAGAGUGGGACAAGUACUGUUACUAUGGCACCGGCCUGGCAUUCGUUGGCUUCUCCCAAAUCUUCUCUGGAUCUAAACUGGAAGAUCCUGUCAUUGGUCAGGACAUGGAGCUUGUGCUCUCCUUGGGGUUUUUCCUGCAGAAAACCAACAUCAUCCGGGAUUACUAUGAAGACCAACUUGUGGGCAGAGAGUUUUGGCCCCGAGAGGUGUGGAGCAAGUAUGCAAAGAAGUUAUCAGAUCUAGCCAAGCCUGAGAACAUCAACAAGGCUGUCCAGUGUAUGAACGAGCUGAUCAUCAAUGCCCUGCAUCAUGUCCCCAACAUCUUGACAUUCUUGUCCAGAGUGAAAAACCAGAGCGUAUUCAACUUUUAUGCCAUCGCCCAGGUAAUGGCCAUUGCUACCUUGGCAGCCUGCUGCAACAACCCACAAGUCUUCCAAGGGGUUGUGAAAAUCCAGAAGGGGUUAUAGAUAUAGAUAAAAAAUGCAAAGAAUUGGCCAAAUAAAUCAGAGAAUACAAAAUUAAGAAAUUUCAUAGAGACAAAUAUGACUAUGAUAAUAACAAAGUAUAUAACUGGAGUAAUAAAUCACAUAUACCAAAAAGAAAGGUCCAUUUUGAAACAGACUACAGACCCAUAUUCUACCUCAGAAGAUUAAUCUGGUAGAAACACGGAUAGCUCCAUAACAUCCCCCAUACUUCCUUGCAGAUCAAAUAGAAUCAGAUACACGAAACCACCAACCCAUUUUCAAAGGGGUCCACACAAAAAAAACUCGUCCCUAGUAGUCAAUCUUUCAAACUACCCUCUCUCAGCACAAGAAAUUUCUGUUGUAAAUAAAGGAUUAAGCAUUGUGCCAACUCCCCGAUUUAAUGUCUUCAGUACAAAAAUAGAACUAUUCAAACUGUUUAGAAUUAUUAGACUAAAAAAAAAUUUGGACAUAGAAUAGACAACACACAACAAGAUCCCUUUAAGCAGAAAAGUAUUUUUUCCCAACACAGAGAACACUAUGAUCAAAGCAUUUGAAAAGGUUGUAACUAGAGAUGUAGACAAACUUUCCAAGAAAAAUACUACAUUACACUCUAAUAUAUCCAAAAGUGAUCUAGACAUACUUAAAAAACUAUAAAAAAUGCCAGACUAUAUAUGGAAACCGGCGGACAAAGGAGAGGCCUUAGUCUUAUUUAACAAGUCAGAUUACUUAACUGAAGUUAACAAACAUCUCUCAGACUGUUCUUUUUAUAAAGAACUGCUGUCAGAUCCUAUUCAUAGAAUCAAAUCACUUAUCAAAGUAGUAUGCUCAGAAAGUCUAGCAAUGGGUUAUAUCACAGUACAGGUAUUUAAAUUUUUACAAAAUCAGUAUCCAAAAAUUCCAGUGUUUUAUAUUCUCCCCAAGAUAGACAAAGGUAUUACACCACCUCUGGGACAACUCAUUGUAUCUGGUACAUCAUCCAUAUUAGAACCUUUAGCUAAACACUUGGACCAUUUUCUCCAAACUUUUGUUUCAAAAACCAAAUCAUAUAUUAAAGACACUACCCAUUUCAUAAACACCAUAGAAUCUCUUCAUAUACCAAGACAAUCCACCUUGGUGACUUUAGACAUUGUGUCUUUAUAUACAAAUAUCCCAUUGUAUGAAGUUAGAACCGUAAUUGAAGAUCUGUUUAAUUCGAGAGAGCUCCAAAUACCUCCGACACAUUUCUUAAUGGAUUUACUAGACAUAGUUCUAGAAAACAAUUAUUUCAGAUUUGAUACUCAAUAUUACUUACAAAUUUGAGGUGUAGCGAUGGGGAGCCCCUUGGCACUAUCAGUAGCAAACCUUUUCAUUUCCCAUGUAGAAACUGUGUUUAUUUUCAAUCAGACUCAGAACCCAUACUUAUCAGACAUGAUAUACUACGGAAGAUUUAUUGAUGAUGUAUUUACAGUUUUCAAAUCCAACUAUAAAGCCCAACUAUUUAGUAAUUAAAUUAAUGCUAUCCAUCAAAACAUCAAAUUCACUAGCACAACAAAUUUAACAUUAAUUUUUUGGGAUGUAAUGGUACACCAGGAUGAACAAGGUUUAUAUGUAACCAAUUAUAUCAAACCCACUGAUAGAAAUUCUCUUACACUUUAAAAACUUCCACCAUCAUUCAUUAAAAUCAAACUUACCAUAUUCCCAAUUGCUAAGACUUAAACGUAACAAUAGCAAACAAGAAGAUUACUUCACUGCAGCACACUUUUUUAAAAAUAAACUUAAAGUGAGAGGAUAUGCGGAAAGAAUUCUUAACACAGCACUCCAGAAAACACAAAAAAUUGACAGAAACACUUUACUUAAGUAUCAGCCUAAGACACAAAACAACAGAAUUGUUUGUCUCCUCACUCUGACCACACAGACCUCUAAUAUACAGAAAAUAAUAAUUAGACUUUGGCAUCUCAUACAGGACAUUCCAGGUUGUCAGGAUACACCUAUUAUAGCCCAUAAGAGCUGAGAAGAUCCAAUAUAGAUAUGAGGAGCCCUGUCACAGGGAACUUCAAAUGUGGACAUUGUGAUUGUUGCAUGCUUACAGCCAACAUAAAACAAUUUAUACACCCAACAUUAAACAUUAAGGUUAAUCUAAAGAAUUACACUAUAUGUUCAUCGGAAAAUAUAAUUUAUGUCAUCCUAUGUCCCUGUAAUUUAUUGUAUAUCAGCAUGACCACCAGGUCUUUAAGAACCAGAAUACAGAAACAUCGCUCGAGGAUUAGGAAGGGGAAUAUGGACUCAACUCUGUAUCUACUCGGGUAGGGCAAAAAAGUUGAAUCCGUCGUAUGUUGGAUCCAAUUCGUUUGUUUUGUCACUUUUGAACCAUGUUACGACACAGGUUAUCCCAUCAUGUGUAUCCCGCUUAGAAAUGAAUGAUGUAGUCUUUUGUCUCUGAACACCAAUGCAUCAUCCUGACAUCAACAGAAUAGAACAACUCUAGUGGGGGCUAAUCCUGAUAUUUAUGCCAAUGUCUGCUUAGGUUAAUGUAUAUUAUAAUUGACAAUGUAUUUUUCCUUGUUGGAUUUUUUUGGAUUAUGUUUAUGACAUUUCUCUUCCUUCUUACUUGUUUGUUUGCACCUGUAUUUUAAAAAUCAAAUAAACAUUUUAAAAACGA